UCGUGGCGAUAACAGUGCAUUGAAAUAAGACGUUCGCCCAUUCGGUCUUCGAAACUAUUGAACAAAAUGAUAACUAACACCUUGAUAUUGCUUAGUGUAUCUUUAUUCAUCUAUGCGCUCUACAAAUAUGCAGUGGACAAGCCAAAAGGAUUUCCUCCUGCAAUUCCCCGUAUACCAUUCUUUGGCAGCUAUCUGUUCAUGAUGAUGCUGAAUUUUAAAUUUUUGCACAAAGGAGUUCUUAAAUUCUCCAGAUGGAUAAAUUCGGACAUAGUAAGCCUGCACAUGGGGCCAUAUCCCAUGGUAAUUCUACACAAUGCGGAGGCCAUAAAAGAAGUAUUGAAUCGUAAAGAGUUUGAUGGGCGUCCAGAUUUGUUUGUGGCAAAAAUUCGUGAACCCAAUCUGAAUAUAGCUGGUAUCUUCUUUAACGAGGGAGCCGGCUGGAAGGAGCAACGACGUUACGUACUACGCUAUUUAAGAGACUUUGGUUUUGGUCGUCGUUUUGAAGAGCUUGAAUUGGUUAUACAGGAGGAAUUAACAGAUAUGUUGGAUCUGAUACGCAAAGGACCCAGAUAUGAUCAUGAAAAAAGCUAUGUAAAGGAGGGAGGCUAUCGCAUUUUACUCCCCUACUUCUUCAAUCCAUUUUCGGCCAACAGUGUCUUUCACAUUAUAUUCAAUGAAAGAUUUCCUCGUUCCGAGCAGGCUAAGAUCUGGAAACUUAUUCGUUUGGGCACUCAAUUUCAACGAGCUGGCGAUGAUUAUGGUAAACUUUUAAGCAUAAUGACUUGGAUACGUCACAUAUUUCCCAAUUGGUGCUCCUAUAACACCCUAAUGGAGUCGAAUGCCUACAUGUAUAAAUUCUUCGAGAAGCUAGUCGAUCGCCACCUUGACACCUAUGACGAGUCUGCGGAACGUAAUUUUAUCGAUAUGUACAUCAGCGAAAUGAAAAAGGCCGAGAAGGAGGGAAAUACGGAGACUACGUUCAAACGCAGCCAAUUCAUUAUGAGUCUGAUUGAUUUUACAUUCCCAGCAUUCACCGCCAUUGGCAUGCAGUUGGGUUUUUUAGUUCAAUAUUUCCUAUUGUAUCCGGAGGUACAGAAGAGGAUACAUAAGGAAAUCGAUGAAGUGGUUGGCACUGGACGUUUGCCCACGUUGAAUGAUCGCCAAUUCCUGCAUUACACCGAGGCGACUGUAAGAGAGAUAUUGAGAGUAGAGACUUUGGUACCAUCGAAUAUACCUCACAAGGCUAUGGUGGAUACUGAGCUGUUGGGCUAUAAUAUUCCAAAGGGCACAUUUAUAAUGUGCGGUUUUUAUGCCUUCCACAGCGACAAACAAAUCUGGAAAGAUCCUGAAAAUUUCAGACCCGAUCGCUUCCUUGAUGAACAAGGAAAAUUGUGUUUGAAAAAAGACGUUACAUUGCCUUUUGGAGCGGGAAAACGUUUGUGUGCUGGAGAGACAUUUGCCCGCAAUAUGCUGUUCCUAAUGACAGCCACCAUGUGUCAAAAUUUCAAUUUUGUCUUGGGUCCCAAUGAUAAGCUCCCCGAUUUGAGUAAAAACCAUAGUGGUCUAUCUACCUCGCCUGAGGAUUUCUGGGUACAGCUGGAAGAUAGACAUUAAACUCAUAAAACGCCAUGCCUAACAUUUCUACAAAUUUUCUUUUAAUAUAGUAAAUAUUAAGAUAUUAAAAUAUAAGCUUUGAAAUUUUUUAAACUAGAAAAAAGUUUUUGUUGUUUUAUUUAACAUUGUUUAAAAACGUUUAUUAUUAGACAGAAUCUUUAAAAUCAGAAACCAGCAAUACAUCGGAUCCUACUGCCUUGUUGGUCUUCAGCCGGAUUAUUGUUACGCUGACUUCAUUUUGACUAGGCGGUAUAACGAAAAACUACAAUUAUCAUCCGCAGCGCCUAUGAAAUCUCUACAUAAAGGGAUGCAAAGGCCAAGCUCGUUAGAGCGAAACGGGAUUUCCCUAAGGUGGGAAGAUAUCUCCGACACAAUUUUGCAAUUUUGGAACUAUUUGUAUGAAAUUGGUACCGCAUGCUACCUCUAUAACUUCCAGCACUCACAACGAAUGGUCCACAAUCCUUGAACCCCUAGAAGAUAAAAUGUUUGCCGCAUUUUUUUUAACAUUUGGUAUGCAUGAUACAUUUUAUUGCCUACAGCUAUGAAAAGCAUUGCCCCUUUUAUUAAAAUAAGAUUCAAUUUAUGAAUUCUUAUAGAAAAAGUAUCACAGCACAUAUUUAAUAUUUCUUAAUUAGUGUCUGCCUUUGUAAUCAUUUCAUUUA